GGGUUUCCUCCUCCGGUAUCUUCACUGCUCGCGUUCCGCUGAUUGGACCUACUUGGAGACAUUUCGCAGUUCUUCACACACAUUUCCGGGGAGUAGUAGCGGGACACUGGUGCGAAAAUGAAGCCGAGGAGGCAACACGUCCUGCUGCUGUGGCUGCUGCUCAGCUCCGGUGUGUUGACCGAGGCCAUCGAGCCCAUCAGCACCACCAUCGCUGUCGGCGUGGCUGCGACGCUGACGGCGUUCAUAGCAAGUUACCCGAACAUGUUCUACUAUUUCCACGAGUGCUGUCGACCUGAGUGGAUUUCGUUCAACAGGACAGGCCUCCAGGUAGACCUGGACAAGAAGCUGUUCGGCCAGCACAUCGCCUCACGCAUCAUCUCAAAGGCCGUGAAUGGAUUCAUGACCAAUAACAACCCAAAGAAGCCACUGGUGCUUUCUCUGCACGGGUGGACCGGCACGGGGAAGAACUUCAUCAGUAAGCUGAUCGCUGAAAACAUUUACAAGAAGGGAAUGCAAAGCAGCUUUGUGCACGUGUUCACAUCGACGCUUCACUUCCCACAUCAAAGUCAGUUCCUUGAGUACAAGUCUCAGCUACAGCAGUGGAUCAAAGGCAACGUCACCAAUUGUGAGCGUUCCAUGUUCAUCUUCGACGAGAUGGACAAAAUGCAUCCUGGCUUGAUCGACAGCAUUAAGCCGUACCUGGACUACUACGACAAUCUAGAAGGAGUUUCGUAUCGGAAAGCCAUCUUCGUCUUCCUCAGCAACGCUGGGGGAGACAGCAUCGCACAGACCGCUCUGGAUUUCUGGAGAGGAGGACAAAGCCGAGAAGAGAUCAAGCUCAAAGACCUGGAAACCUUGCUCUCGUUGUCGGUGUUUAACAAUGAACGAAGUGGCUUCUUUCGUACAAGUUUGAUCGACAAGAACCUGGUGGACUUCUUUGUCCCACUGCUGCCUCUGGAGUACAAACACGUCGUCCAGUGCGUCAUGGCCGAGAUGGAGGCCAAAGAGAAGGAGCCCAACCAGCACGUGGCCGACAUGGUGGCCAAAGAUUUAAUCUACUUCCCCAAAGCGGAAAGAGUCUUCUCCGUCAAAGGCUGCAAGACGAUAGAGAGCAAGUUGGACUAUUACUUAUAACAUCACUGUGGGACGGACCUUACGUUUGAACACUAUAUGCACUUGAGAAAAGAAAGUAACCCACUCGCAGCCAAAUGACUAAAGAGUGGACGUGGAGCUGGCUGGACUCUGAGGGAGCUCUCUUCCACAUGUCUUAUAGUGACUGAAAGCACACUGCCAGUUGAAUGAAGGAUCAAUAAGAUUGAACUGCUAUUCUUUGGAAGUGAUUCCAAAGGUUGAGAUCUCUGCCUUUUUGUCCCACAGUAACAGCAGCAGUAGAGUUUCAGAGAUGUUGUUUUGUCUUAAAUCCACUGUUUGCAUUUAUGUGUAAUCUUUACAGUUCACUGGAGAACACCUGCCUUCAUUCUUAUUUUAACGUCAGCGUUGUGGGUGAGGUCGUCUGCACUGCUGAAUACAACAUGAGCAAGAUAGGAUUGUUUUUGGGUUGUUU